AGCGUGACAUCUACAGUUCACACAGAUACGACAACUACUCCACUGACAACAGCGCCAACACCCCAGGUCACAACAACAGCGACCAGCGACGACGGAACUGAAGCUCCGACUUCUAUCGCCCCUCCAGCGACACCCGUGUUCAUACCCACACCGACAUCUACAGUUGACAUGGAUAGCACAACGACUCCACCGAUGACAACAGCAAAGACAGAAACGACAACAAACGGACAAAGCACGACAACAAUAAGAGAAACAACAGAGACUCAAAGUAAUACAACAGCAUUAAAAUCUACGACAGAUGCUUCUAGUGCAACAAUGACAAAUGCAGUGGAAACUACAACAGGGGCAACGAGUACUACGACAGCCGUAGAAACAACAACAAAUGUACACAGUAGUACAACAAUAAUAGAAACUACAACAGAUGCAACGGCUACGUCAACAACAGAAAAGACGGCAAGCCAUGCUGCGACAACAAUGCAAAUAACAACAGCCGCACCGAGUACUACUACAAUGAAAACAGCAACAGAUGCAUCAAGUACUACAAAAACAACGUUGACAGCAACAGAUGCACCCAGUACUACAACAAUAAUGAAAACAGAGACAGAUGCACCAAGUACUACAACAACAAUGGAGACAACAACAGCCGCACCGAGUACUACUACAAUGAAAACAGCAACAGAUGCAUCAAUUACUACAAUAACAACGGUGACAGCAACAGACGCACCCAGUACUACAACAACAAUGAAAACAGAGACAGAUGCAUCAAGUACUGCAACAACAAUGGAGACAACAACAGGCGCACCGAGUACUACUACAAUGAAAACAGCAACAGAUGCAUCAAGUACUACAAAAACAACGGUGACAGCAACAGACGCACACAGUACUACAACAACAAUUAAAACAGAGACAGAUGCACCAAGUACUACAACAACAAUGGAGACAACAACAGCCGCACCGAGUACUACUACAAUAAAAACAGCAACAGAUGCACCAAGUACUACAACAACAAUGAAAACAGAGACAGAUGCACCAAGUCCUACAACAACAAUGGAGACAACAACAGACGCACCGAGUACUACUACAAUGAAAACAGCAACAGAUGCAUCAAGUACUACAAUAACAACGGUGACAGCAACAGACGCACCCAGUACUACAACAACAAUGAAAGCAGAGACAGAGGCACCAAGUACUACAACAACAAUGGAGACAACAACAGCCGCACCGAGUACUACUACAAUAAAAACAGCAACAGAUGCACCAAGUACUACAACAACAAUGGAGACAACAACAACAGGCGCACCGAGUACUACUACAAUGAAAACAGCAACAGAUGCACCAAGUACUACAACAACAAUGAAAACAGAGACAGAUGCAUCAAGUACUACAACAACAAUGGAGACAACAACAGACGCACCGAGUACUACUACAAUGAAAACAGCAACAGAUGCAUCAAGUACUACAAAAACAACGGUGACAGCAACAGAUGCACCCAAUACUACAACAACAAUGAGAACAGAGACAGAUGCGCCAAGCACUACAACAACAAUGGAGACAACAACAGCCGCACCGAGUACUACUACAAUGAAAACAGCAACAGAUGCAUCAAGUACUACAAUAACAACGGUGACAGCAACAACAACAAAUGCACCAAGCACUACAACAAUAAUGAAAACAGCAACAGAUGCAUCAAGUACUACAAUAACAACGCUGACAGCAACAGAUGCACCAAGUACUGCAACAACAAUGAAAACAGCGACAGAUGCAUUAAGUACUACAACAACAGUGGAGACAACAACAGACGCACCGAGUACGACAACAACAAUGAAAACAGCAACAGAUGCAUCAAGUACUACAAUAACAAUGGAGACAACAACAGACACUCCAAGUGGUCCAACAACGAUGCAAAUAACAGACGCCAACAGCACCUCAACAAAUUUUACGGAUCAAGCUACCAAUAAUACAACAGCGAAACCGACGACAAAAGACACAGGGGAAGGGACAAGUGAUCAAGCAACAGGGCUCGGACCCAUAGAAAGAAUCGCCAUACCUAGUGCAGUGGCUGGCGCCUUGCUUAUCGCCAUUGUCGUUGUGAUCACAGUAAUGUGGUGUCGCUCUCGGAGAAGAAGGCACAGACUUAUGGACGAUGAUUCUAACGACGAUAAGUACAGUUUUAGGAUUCCUCGACCUCAGACCUGGGACACGGCGAAUUUUAGAGAAGAUAAAACAUGGAAAAAUUCCACAAUAUCGUACCCGGAACACUUCCCCUACAUUUUCUACAACAACAGUUUCCAAGAUUCAAAACUGGCGUAAUGGAGAAGGAGAUAACUCAUGGGUGUUGAACUUGGUGUGAGCCAUUGGUUAUUUCCCUUCGUUUUCAUCACCAAGGAAUGUUUUCGCGCGUUCUUUUUCCUCCCUGCAACAACAGCAAGAAAACUGUGUAUAUUAAAACUUGACAAAUAUAUGCAUUAUCCUUAUUCCAUGUGAGCACAAGAUGAUUCUAUCGUGUCACCUGAAACAGUGCUGUUGACGACAUCUUGAUAGGCUUAUAGGUCCGAUUAAGCCUAAACAGCGCCAGGUAUGUCGUAAAGGACACAAAGGUCAAGCUUGUCUAGUGGUGGCAGCGAUAUUACAUGAGUGGAGAGCCUUGGGCUAUGUCCCCUUUCACUUUUAAAACGCAGUCAGUACACAUGUUAUUCUUGUCCUGCCACUCUCGAUUCACGCAAAACAUUUUUGUGCAAAUUUGGUAAGGUAUUUGCGCGUGUGUGUAUGUAUGUAUGUUUGGGUUUUUGCGUCAUGGCUAACGGUUUUGUUAGUUAUGACGACAAGUCUUUAGGUGUUUGCACAUAUAGGCCUACUGUGUGUUCUUGUGGCAGGGCGACAUCAUGUUGCCAAAAUCCUAAUCAGCAAAUUGUGGUGAGGUAUUGAUUGUCGAUCCCAUUAUAUACCAUUUAAUCUGACGCACACUGUUGACAAUGUUGAAACUUUUAAUGGCUAACCUUUUCCGUAUGACGUACGUAAAGUCGGGUGCGAUUACAGUUUGUGGGUUAGCGUAUCAUUCAUGGACUACAAGAGAAAAUUACCAAGACAACUUGGACACGAGUCGCUAUUCCACUCAAAAAGGUCACUUCAUUGAUCUUUGGUGAGAUCUUAUUCGAAUGUGAAACACUUCAGGGAGGUGUUAGGCCACAGUAAUUCAUUCAACUCUUUAACGUUUUUUUUCUGUGCAAAACAGAAAGAUCACAAAUGCCAGUUGUUUGAUCUACUAUGGAUUUACAAAGCACCAUAGAGAACUAGGCGUGUCGAAAAACAUUUCGCAUGCUAUCAAGUUUGUAGUUGUGUAUCUGAUAUGAUCAAACUCUAUCACCUUUUGAUAUGAUUCCAUUUUUGACAACGUAACAACAACAACAACAACAUCGAAACGUUUUUAAAAUUGGCCGUGGAUUAUACAUAGCUAAUCGUUAAGUAACAACUUACUUAGAGAUUGUCUCCUGACAAUUUUCAUUAUUGCCUUUUAUAUGUUGUAUAUCCUUUAGUGAACAAAUUUCCAGAACAUAUUAUCUAAUCAUUUAUACAUUCAUUGGUUGAAAGGAACAUCCGGUUUGCUGGUCAAAUCGGUUUCAAAUUUCACGGCUUAUUUCAUAAAAACGGACAUUUUCUGUGUCAUCUUCAUUACUACAGAAUACAAUAAAUGCACUACACGAUCAUAAGUAUAUAUGCGCAGAUUGCUGUUG